UCUUUCAUUUCCUUCUCUCACUCACACUCUCUCACUGAAGAACCCAAAAAUCAAGCUUUAGAUCUGAGAAAAAUCCAGAAACCCACCAAAACGCUCCACUCAGGGGACGAUCUGGGCAAGUUUGAGACUUAGCAAAAAUGGCAGUGACGGAUGCACAUAACCCUCUUCUUGGAGAAACCACUUGUGGUUCUUUACUGCAGAAGCUGCAGGAAAUUUGGGAUGAAGUUGGUGAAAGUGAUGAGGAGCGAGACAAGAUGCUUCUUCAAAUAGAGCAAGAGUGCUUGGAUGUAUACAAGAGAAAGGUUGAGCAAGCUGCAAAGUCAAGGGCACAACUUCUUGAGGCCUUGUCAGAUGCCAAGCUUGAACUUUCCACUCUUGAAUCAGCUCUUGGGGACUUGAGUUUUGUUGGCCUUCCAGAGAAGACUUCAGGAACAAUCAAGGAACAACUUGCAGCUAUAGCACCAAUACUUGAACAGCUGUGGAAACAGAAAGAAGAGAGAGUGAAGGAGUUUUCUGAUGUGCAGUCACAGAUUCAGAAGAUUUGUGGGGAAAUUACUGGCAACUUUGGUGAGCAGGUGGUGGCUCCUGCAGUUGAUGAGUCUGACUUGUCACUGAAGAAGUUAGAUGAAUAUCAAUCCAAACUCCAAGAGCUUCAAAAGGAGAAGAGUGACCGACUGCACAAAGUUCUUGAAUUUGUGAGCACUGUGCAUGAUCUCUGUGCUGUCCUUGGGAUGGAUUUCUUCAGCACUGUAACUGAAGUUCAUCCAAGCUUGAAUGACUCUACAGGUGUUCAGUCAAAAAGCAUUGGCAAUGAUACACUGUCUAAGCUGGCCAAGACAGUCUUAGCUCUAAAUGAAGAUAAAAAACGGAGGCUUCAUAAGCUUCAAGAAUUAGCAACUCAGCUAAUUGAUCUGUGGAAUCUGAUGGAUACCUCAGAAGAAGAAAGAGGACUAUUUCAGCAUGUUACCUGUAACAUAUCUGCAACAGUUGAUGAAGUGACUGUUCCUGGGGCUCUUGCUUUGGAUCUAAUUGAGCAGGCGGAGGUGGAAGUCAAGAGGCUUGACCAACUAAAGUCUAGCAGGAUGAAAGAAAUUGCUUUCAAAAAGCAAGCUGAGCUUGAGGAGAUAUUUGCCCGUGCUCAUAUAGAGAUAGAUUCAGAGGCUGCUAAAGAAAAGAUUAUGUCACAGAUUGAUGCUGGGGAUGUUGAGCCUGCUGAGUUACUAGCAGACAUGGAUAGUCAGAUAAUAAAAGCAAAAGAAGAAGCACUCAGCAGAAAAGAAAUUUUGGACAGGGUUGAGAAAUGGAUGUCAGCCUGUGAAGAAGAGAGUUGGCUUGAAGACUAUAAUCGGGAUGAGAACAGGUAUAGUGUGAGCCGAGGUGCUCACUUAAAUCUUAAGCGAGCUGAGAAAGCCCGAAUUCUGGUCAGCAAAAUUCCAGCUAUGGUUGAUGGCUUGGUUGCAAAAACUCGGGCUUGGGAAGAAGAUCGUGGGAUAUCAUUUAUUUAUGAUGGUGUACCCCUUCUGGCCAUGCUUGAUGAAUAUGCCAUGCUCAGGCAAGAAAGAGAAGAAGAGAAGCGGAGGUUGAGGGAUCAGAAGAAGUUCCAUGAGCAGCAAAACACAGAGGCAAGCCCUGCUCGACCAGCCGGUAUGAAGAAGGUGGUAGGGCCUCGAGCAAAUGGAGGUGCAAAUGGGACCCCAAACAGACGGUUGUCGUUGAAUGCUCAUCAGAAUGGUUCAAGGUCCACAACUAAAGAGGGAAAGAGGGAUAGCAUUGGCACAAGGCCAGCUGCACCUGUUAACAAAGAGGAUGUAGCAUCCCAUGUUUCGGGUACAGAUCCAGUUACAGAAUCACCCUGAUUAGGAUGAUCAUAAUAAUAAGAAGAGAGAUGUGUAGGUUACACCAUGUUGUUAGUGGUAGAUGUUUGUUGUAAGCAUAUAGCUCUUAUUAUGGAAGAAACUACGAGUGUAAACCGGUUUUUGCUGUGUAAUAUGUGAUAUUGGCAUUGAGAAGCUGCUUUUGAUUUCACUCUGCUUUAUUUGCUCCAAUUGAAUUUUGUUCUAUCAUUUGAAUAAAAAACUAGAAAGAAC